AUGGUGCUUGCCAACGAAAUUGACGGUGCUGGAGGACUACUCGCCGGCGUCUCCUUCAACCCGAACAAAAGUGUAGGUGACGUCGUUCCUUCUGAACCACAACCGACGUUCAGGUGACGUAUCGCCCGAUUCCGUCGAAGCAGAUGGCUGAAGUGACCAUGUCGAACGACGAAGCCUCGCCCAUCAUCUACAAGUGGAAGUCGACGCGGCCUGGCGUCUACAAGAUGCGGCCCGUCUACGGAGUCCUCAACAUUGGUGAAAAGGUGAUUCGAAACGUCGCUCCUUCUCAGCCUGGAAUUUCAAGGCGCAAAUCAAACUUUUCUAUAAAGGACUCAAGGAAGGACAACCGCCCCUUUCUGAUAGGUUCGUUCUAGAAGUAUUAUGUUCCUUCUGUUGAAUAGAUUCAGGAAAUCUAACUUGAACAAAAAAAAACGGAUUUUCUAGGCAUGUGUAGGUACUUGCAGAAAUUUCGAGCUAGAUUCCCCAACGACACUUUAUUGCAAAUCGCUGAUUAUUAUCUGUGAGUUCGAAACCUCGGUUUCCGAAAAUAGGAAAUGGUGCAGGUUGAAACUUUCAGGAUCUUCACCUGAUACAUAGGAAACCGUUUUUUGAUUUUUUUUUUUUUCGAGGGUUUUCAGCCAAAAUCUUCAGAUUCACAUGUGUGAUGGCAGCGACGAGUUCGGCUAACGUUAAUCCAGAAAACGUCUGGAAAAACCACAAAUACCAGCAGGUCUCAAAAUGAAAAGCUAUUAUCCAAUUUCACAUUUUUUUGAUCGAAGAAAAAAAUAAAAAAAUGAAAAAGGUUUCAAAAAUUUCUUUGGUUAAAAAUAGAAAGACGCUUCUUAAUGGAAAAUGAACCGACACAAUUUCAAACGCGACGCUUUGAAUCUUUCAUUUCAUUUCUUUGGAAAAACAUUCACCUUACUGGGAAUUUCGAUGAUUUUACAGAAACUAGCCCAAGGAGGCCAGUUGCGAAAAAAGAAGCUGUACGUAUUGUUUGCCGGCAUCAACGACCAGGAGCCUCCAGAUGAGACUCAAGACGAGAAGGACAAGGUCGGCAAGAUGAAGAAGAAGAAGAAGGAAGAAGGAGAAGAUGAGGCGGCGGCUCCUCCUCCAGCCUCAAAGGGAAAGGUCUUCCAAGAAGCUUUUCUUUUCAUUUCUGAGACCUUUUCCAGAAACCUGUGGUUAUGAUGUUUAUGCGCGACGAAGGCGAAUCUAUCAGUGCCGAAGAAGAAGGUUAGAAUCAGUCACAAUUCUCAAAAUAUUGCAUCCUUUUAAGAACCUUCGCCCGUGGGGAAAGCUGUUGUGGUGAGUAUUUUUAGAAGAAAAUAAACACUAACAAUAUUUUUUUAAAAAAAAUUUGUGGUUUGCAUACGGAACGCGACACGGCUUUUUGGCGGGGAGCUCGAGCUCGGACGCGAGUCACCAUUUUUUUCCUUUUUUUCACAGUUUUCCAAUCAAUUUCAAUUUUUUAUGCUUUCGAAAAUUUUUCAGUUGAACGAAUAAAAAGUACAAAAAAAUAAUAAGGAAAUAAUCUUUUUUUCUACCUAUUUUAUGAUCGCGUUUGACCUAGAGCUCUCCGUCAAAAACUUCAAUGAUCGAUAGUUUUCACUCUCAGUCAUCAAAUAUUGUAUACUAUAGGAGUUUUUAUAUCUGAAAGUAUUGUUGCAAAAUCUCUGACCAGGGACCUGACGGUGAGAUGCAAACGACGUUGUUGGCUUCAGGCAUCCGGAAAAUGCAAACGGUCAAUCCGAAAACAGCCCCGAUGGUUGGAAAUACCGACAAUCUGAAUUCAUCGUCAUAUUUCAGGGUGCGGUCAGCGACAUGAAAACUGUGAACCCUGCGGAAGCCAAAUUCAACAACCUCCAGCAGAGGAAUCCUGGAGCUAAUCCCGUAUCUCAUCGCUUCGAUUCCAAAGUAAUUCCUCAUCUUGCAGUCUGGAGCGACACUGUCAGCGGUUGGCCAGGUCAAAACCGCCAACUCGCAGCCGCCGACCGCGCCGGCAAGUUUUCUCUCGGAAAAAAACUUUGAGAUAAGAUCUAUAAAAUCAAAAAUGAACUAACCAAAGUUCAGUCAAGUUUUCCCAGCCCAGAACUGAUGAUAUGUCCGAAGACCAAAAAGCGAAUAUACUGUAGGCAACGGUAGUUUUUUCAAAGCCUGCCAAAUUGGCCAGCUCUCAACAUCCGAUCUUUGAAUAUUCAAUUUUAACUUACGAACCAAACUGCGGGGAAAAAGGUACGAGGAGUUGAUAAUUAUUUCAGUAGAAACUUUUAUAAAUUCGUUCUGAAACGACUGAGAUUUCUUUCUCCUCGGGAGAAUCUCUGAUUAUCUUAGAUGGCGGCUGGAGCUGGACCGCCUCCUGGAGAUCGCAGCGACCUCAGAACGACGGCCCCGGCUCCUAUAAAGUUCAACAACCUACAGACGCCCAACACGCCGACGGUAGAAGUAGCGAUGAAAUCUCAUAUUUUUGUUUUCUAGGCUCUACAGCCGCCCCCACAAACACAGGACAUGAAGACUGUCGUUCCCAACAACAAGAAGUUCAAUAAUCCGCAGGUGGGUGUCCGCAAACAGAUCAAGUUUAUUUUACAAAUUUCAGAUCAAAAAAAUAACUGAUCCUUCGUCGACUUUUCUAUGUGACAAAUAAAAAGUCUCAACAAUAUUCUUUUUAUUUUUACAUUUAAUAUAGUCUGUGGGUGUGGAUAUCUUCAAACAAAUAAAGAACCAAAAACGAAAAUCAAUUCGAAAAGACAAACCCCCGAUUUUGAAAAACGGCAAAAGUUGAGAAGGCUAAAAAAAAAAAGUCAGUUUAAUCUUCACAAUCAGAAAAAAACAAAUAUGAGGCUGAGUAGAGCGACAAAAUUAUGAUCAUGAUCAGUAGGAAGAUUUUCUUGUCAUUUUUAUUUCCGUGUUCAAAAAAAUGGAAAUUGAAUUUCCGCCAUUUUUCUGAAACUCGAAAAAGGCUUCAUUUCUUUUACACUGAAAUUUUUUUUCCUAAUCUGAAUCUUAUUUAAACCAACAAUUAAAAAAAGGCGAUGGUAAUGGUUUAAUUUCGAGUUUCAAGCCUUUAAUAAGAAUGGCAGAAAAUCAUUUUCCACAUUAUUGCAUACGGCCUCAGAAUUGGCAAUUCAAAGGCCGGAAGCGACUCUUAAAAAUUGGCAUUACAGAAAUAGAACUUAUUUAGAUUUACCCAAAACUCCAAUCACAGAAACUUAGAUAGGUCGGUGAAAAUUUGAAAAUGCGAAAAUUCCCAUUUAAAGGAUUUUGAAAAAUGUGUUCAAGGAUAAAAGGUCUCAAGUAAUUCGUCAUGGAAACCGAUUUUGAGCUUGAUUCUCUGAUUGCAAUUCAAAAAAAGGAAACUUAAAUUGACGAGUAAAUACUUUUUUAAUUGUUGAUGGUUUUAGCUUUUCGGUUGUUCGGAUGAUCAGGAACGGAAAGUUCGAUCGGGAGCGGAUCGGUUCGGAAAAUCACGGUUCGGACGAUACUUGACCGAGAAAACUUCCAAAACUAAAGCUGAACGGUAAUGGACUCUAAAAAAUGAGUACUAAUUUUGGAAGUUUUCUCAUUCCACGUUACUCUAUAAAAAUCAGAAUGUGAAAAAACACAAUCAACGUAACGCUUUGGCGAUAAAAGAUGAGAUAAGAGAUAAGAGGUUGGUAUAAAAGGAGAUAGAAAUCCGCCAGGAUCACAUAGCGGAUCGCCAUGGCCCAAUCAGUUCCCCCAGGAGACAUCCAGACGCAGCCGAACACCAAGAUCGUCUUCAAUGCGCCGUACGACGACAAGCACACCUACCACAUCAAGGUACCGUUCUUCCCAUCCGAAGAACUGCUCAAGGGACCCUUUUCAGGUGAUCAACUCGUCGGCUCGCCGCAUCGGCUACGGCAUCAAGACGACGAACAUGAAGCGUCUUGGAGUGGACCCUCCGUGCGGAGUUCUUGACCCCAAGGAAGCCGUUCUCCUCGCCGUCUCCUGCGACGCCUUUGCCUACGGACAGGAGGUAUGCUGUAGCUGAACGGCCUCGUUCAAUUCAUUCUUUGCAGGACACCAACAACGACCGCAUCACCGUCGAAUGGACCAACACCCCUGACGGCGCCGCCAAGCAGUUCCGCCGCGAGUGGUUCCAAGGCGACGGCAUGGUCCGCAGGAAGAACCUCCCCAUCGAGUACAACCCUUAA